AUGGCGCCCCCGAGCCAGCCCGAUCCCACAAUUGACCUCGACUGGGGGGCCUACCGCGGCGCCAUCCACGAAAUAUUUGCCUCCAAUGCGGCCCAGUUCCCCGACCGCACGUGCGUCGUCGAGACGAGAAGCUCCCGCGGCCCCGAGCGCACCUUCACUUACCGACAGAUCAACGAGAGCUCCAACCAGCUGGCCCAUCACUUUCUCGCCAACGGCUGCCAGGUCGGAGAUGUCGUCGCCAUAUACGCCUACCGAGGCGUCGAUCUCGUCGUCGCCUAUAUGGGCGCCCUCAAGGCCGGUGCCACUGUGAGCGUUCUCGACCCCCAGUACCCGCCCGAGCGCCAGAAGGUCCUGCUCGAGGUCGCCAACCCGCGCUUCCUCGUCUGUAUCCAGCGCGCCAUUGACGAGUUUGGCGAGCUCUCGGCCCUCGUCAGGGACUUUGUCGCCGACAGGCUGCAGAUCAAGAGCACCGUCCCGGCCCUGCAGCUGCUCGACGACGGCGGCCUCAAGGGCGGUGACGGCCAGGACGUGCUCGCCCCGCACGCGUCCGCCCGCGCGCAGGUGCCAGACGUCGUCGUCGGGCCCGACUCCAUCCCCACCCUCAGCUUCACCAGCGGCUCCGAGGGCCGGCCCAAGGGUGUCCAGGGCCGGCACUUCUCCCUGACCCACUACUUCCCGUGGAUGGCCGAGCGCUUCGGCCUCUCCGACAAGGACAGGUUCACCAUGCUCUCGGGCAUCGCCCACGAUCCCAUCCAGCGAGACAUCUUCACGCCUCUCUUCCUCGGCGCCCAGAUCGUCAUCCCCCCCGCGGAGCUCAUCAGCUAUGAGCUGCUCGCCGAGUGGAUGCGGGACCACCGCGUCACCGUCACCCACCUCACUCCCGCCAUGGGCCAGAUCCUCGUGGGCGGCGCCGUGACGCAGUUCCCGACGCUGCGCAACGCUUUCUUCGUGGGCGACCUGCUGACCAAGAAGGACUGCCGCAAGCUGCGGGACCUGGCGCCCAACGUCCGCAUCAUCAACCUGUACGGCUCCACCGAGUCGCAGCGCGCCGUCUCCUUCUUCGAGAUCCCGAGCCAGAACGAGGACGAGGCCUUCUUCGAGGGCUUGCCCGACAUCAUGCCCGUCGGCCAGGGCAUGCGCAAUGUGCAGCUGCUCGUCGUCGACCGCGACGACCGCAGCAAGCUAUGCGGCAUCGGCGAGCAGGGCGAACUCUUCAUCCGCGCUGCCGGUCUCGCCGAGGGCUACCUGGGCGACGACGAGAAGACGACCCAGCUCAACCGAGACAAGUUCCUGACCAACUGGUUCGUCGACCCAGCCCAGUGGACGAGCGAAUACGAGCGGCAGCGCGCCGCCGGCGCCUACGAUGCGCCAUGGACCCGGUUCUACAAGGGCCCGCGCGACCGCCUGUACCGCACCGGCGACCUGGGCCGCCGUCGUGAGGACGGCAGCGUCGAGUGCACGGGUCGCAUCGACUCGCAGGUCAAGAUCCGCGGCUUCCGCAUUGAGCUCGGCGAGAUCGAUGCCUCGCUGUCGCAACACCCCUACGUGCGGGAGAACAUCACCGUCGUCCGUCGCGACAAGAACGAGGAGCAGACACUCGUCACGUACUUUGUGCCCGAGAUCAAGCGCUGGCUCCAGCACCUGGAGCAGGACAGCGCCCAGGAGGUCGACGAGUCCAUGGGCGCCAUGCUGCGCCGCUUCAAGUCGCUGACCGACGACUGCAAGUCGUUCCUAGCCGCCAAGGUGCCCAAGUACGCCGUCCCCAGCAUCUUCAUCCCGCUGGUGCGCAUGCCCCUGAACCCAAACGGCAAGGUCGACCGGCCCGCCCUGCCGUUCCCUGACGCCGCGGACCUCGCGCUCCUCGGCAGGAGGCGGGCGUCGUCGACCACGACGGCCAACAUGACGGACACGCAGCGACGCCUGGCGGCCAUCUGGGCGGGCAUCCUCCCCAACCGAACCGCCCGCAUGUUCGUGCCCGCGUCCAACUUCUUCGAGGAGGGCGGCCACUCCAUCCUCGCGCAGCAAAUGUUCUUCAAGCUCAAGCAGGAGUGGAAGGGCAUCGACCUGCCGGUCCGCGUCAUCUUCCAGUCGCAGACGCUGGAGGCCCUCGCCGCCGAGAUUGACCGCGCCCAGGACCCCAUCGGCCUGCGCCUCGACGCGAUGCCGCUGCCGGCCGACAGCGACGCGGGCGACGAGGCGUACGCCGCGGACGCACGCGAGCUGGUGCGGCAGCUGCCGGCGUCCAUCCAGAGCGCGCCGGCCGAGGGCCUCUCCUCCCCGGUCAUGCUGCUCACCGGCGCCACUGGCUUCUUAGGCUCGUACAUUCUCCAUGAGCUGCUCGAGGGUCCCGCCAAGGCGGCGCGCGUGGUGGCGCACGUGCGGGCCAAGGACGCCGCCUCGGGGCUCGCGCGCCUCGAGACGACCAGCAAGGCGUACGGCCUGUGGAAGCCGUCGUGGGUGGCGGACUCGAGGAUCGAAGCGGUCGUCGGUGACAUCUCCAAGCAGGACCUCGGCUUGUCGUCCGAGGCGUGGGAGCGGCUCACGCGGGAGGUCGACGUCAUCAUCCACAACGGCGCCCAGGUCAACUGGAUGCUGCCGUACUCGAGCCUGCGCGCGGCCAACGUGCUCAGCACGCUGGCGUGCGUCGGGCUCUGCGCGACGGGCAAGCCCAAGCGCCUGGCGUUUGUCAGCUCGACGUCGACGCUCGAUAGCGCGCACUACGUGGACCUCUCGCGCCAGUCGCCCAUCCUCGAGGCCGACGACCUCGAGGGCAGCCGCAAGGGCCUGGGCACGGGCUACGGUCAGUCAAAGUGGGCGAGCGAGUACAUGGUACGCGAGGCCGGCAAGCGAGGACUCGUCGGCGCCGUGGUCCGUCCGGGUUACGUGACGGGCGACCCGGACACGGGCAUGUCCGUCACCGACGACUUCCUCGUCCGCCUGUGGAAGGGCUGCCUGCAGGUCGGCGCACGGCCCGACAUUGCCAACACAGUCAACACGGUGCCCGUCAAGCAGGUUGCCCGCAUCACCGUCGCGGCAGCCCUGCAGUUGCCCGCCGUGCUCGCCGGCCAGCCCCUCGGCGUGGCCCAGCUGACUUCCCAUCCGCGCGUCACCCUCAACGACUGGAUCGGCGCUCUCGAGGUCUACGGCCACUCCGUGCCCCGCGUUCCCUACCGCGAGUGGUGCGACCGCGUCGUCGACUACAUCGGCGACACCUCCAAGGAAGAGCACGCCCUGCUCCCGCUCUUCCACUUCGUCGUCGGCGACUUGCCCGCCGACACCGUCGCCCCAGAGCUCGACGACCGCAACGCCGCCGCCGCCCUCCAGCGCUACACGGGCGAAUCCGACGCCCUUGCUAAGAGCGCCGUCGACGUCGACAUCCUCGGCAGGUACCUCGCGUACCUCAUCGCCGCCGGCUUCCUGCCCGCCCCCACCCGCGCCGGUGAGCGGCCGCUGCCCCAGCUUGACGACGACACGCUGCAGAGCCUCGCAGCCGGGGCACGCAGUGUCGUCGGCAGCAGAGCCAGGGCUUAG